UCUAACUUUGCAACGUAGGCCUUAUUAGGGGAGCUUCCUAUGUCUAGGCAGCCUAACCCAACCACCCAAAAAUUUUACACAGGUGAUAAAGAGACUUCAGAGUUUAAAAAUGACAAGACUGGCUAAAAUUGCUCACAACUCAGUCAUUAAAUUAACGAAGUCUUCAUUAUGAGCUCACCCAAUGGUGGCAAAAAGCUGAAAACUGUUGGGAGCGACAAACAUUAUUUCGGGGCUGGCGCUUCAAGAGACCAGUCAAAGCUUCUUAAAACGGAUGGCACUCAAAAUGAAUUAUUUUUUGACAACCCUGAUAUAGACAACCACUCGUAUACAAAGUCUCAUUCUAAUAUUCCAACUAUAGAAGUUGAUCUAAGCAUGUCUGAGCAUUUACCGCGUAUUAACAGCAGUGUUUCUUACGACACUGGUCUUACUAAUGCCACUGACGCUGAACCAUUGGAUGCGACGAGCAAGCUUAGGGAUAAAAAGAAAAGGAAACAUCACUCAAAGAAAAAGCAAACUGUUGAAGAAGAUAUCAGCAACAAGGCGUUUUCCCCCACAGGAGCACCUCAUUCUGGGAGCUCUCUAACCACAUCACUGCACAAAAUCAACUGUAAAGGUGAUGCACCUGAAAGCUCUCUUUUAAAGUUACCGCCCUUAGCAUUGGUGCCAACCAAAGAUGCUGAAGAGAAAAGUAUGACAAGUUCCAAGUCUUAUCCAUUAGACAAGUCACUGGCUUCUGCUGAGAAAACCUUAACUCAGUUUCUAGGAAACCACGCCAAACAUUUAACUUUGAAGCAGAGGGAAACUGCGCAGUAUGUAUCAAGCAAAAUAAAACAACGUGAGUGUUGUCAUUAUGUGAGUAAAGCAAGCACCAAAGACAAAUGCUGCUGUAACAGACCAAAACAGUGGCACGUGGAGCGCAGGCUGCCCAUUGAUGACCAAAAAGGACAGAAAUGGGACCCAGAAAAACACACAGCCACCAUGCCUUGCGACUCGUUUGGGGACAUUCACUUCCGAGGUUUCGGCACAACCGUGGCAAAUUCUCCAUAUGCUCGUGUUGACAUAAAAACAGACCCCGCCAUCGUUCACAAUUUGUUGAUUAACUACUGGAAGAUGCCCCCUCCCAGACUGUUGAUAUCUGUUACUGGCGGAGCACAAAGGUUUGAGUUGAUGCCUAGGUUGAGCACUUUACUGAAACGAGGCCUCGUUGGCGCAGCUAUUAACACAGGUGCAUGGAUCAUUACUGGAGGUACUGCCUCAGGGGUGAUGGAGUUUGUAGGGGAGGCAGUCCGGGACCACAUGACAGUGCGUGGGAGAAGUAACGACGAAUCCUGCGUGGCUCUCGGCAUUGCUCCGUGGGGCUGUGUGGCAAACAAUUUAGCACUGGAUGGAGAAGGGGAGCAAGGAUUAUGGCCUGCCACAUAUGCUAUUGAGGAUGUUGUUCAUCAGCCUAAAGGGUACACAUCAUUAGAUCCUAACCACUCCCAUUUCAUACUGGUGGACAAUGGGUGUGACAUCACGUAUGGGGCUGAGAUUUCCUUCCGCACCCAGCUUGAAUCUUACAUUUCUAAUGCUGGAACAACAGGCGCAUCAGAGACCCAAGAUAUGAACAUCCCAGUGGUUCUCAUUGUUGUAGAAGGAGGGGUCGGCACAAUGGAUACAUUUUUCCAGUCAAUUGAAAGAAAAACUCCAGUGGUUGUCAUAAACGGAUCAGGGAGGGCUGCGGAUUUUAUCGCCCUGGCUUUUAGAAUGACCUCGGAUCCAACUAACCCAGAUCAUUCAAAAUUCCCCUCUGACUUCAAACCAACAUUGACACAAUCAGCCAACAAAAUAUUUGUCUGGAAGACCCAUGACACCAAUAAGGACAAGAAAAUAAUAGAGUGCAUAGACAACUUGAAGAAAGCACUUAAAGAGCAUCGUUCUUUGAUCAACAUUUAUGACUUAGAAAAGUCAGAAUCAGCAGAGGACAUUGAUCGAGCCAUCUUGUAUGCUUUGCUCAAAGCCAACAAAUUUGACUGCAAGUCCCAGUUGGCUCUGGCCCUGGCAUGGAACAGAUGUGACAUCGCACGCCAGCAGAUUUUCAUCCCAGAAAACAGAAGUAGCUGGAAGGUCAAGGACUUGUAUGAUGCCAUGUUUACUGCCCUAGUCCAGGACCGGCCAGAUUUUGUCCAACUUUUCCUGGACAACGGUGUGGACCUGAGGAAGUUCCUGACAGUCAAGACACUGUGGAAUUUGUAUUGCCAUUGCCUGGAUGUUGAAGAUGAUGGGGAGGCCACCAUACUGAGGCAAAUGAUCAUGUUCCUUAAGCAAGGAUGGGGGGCAUACCUGAGACGCCAGGCACUAGAGGAGUGGAGAGAUUUCCCUAAAGAUGAAGUUCUGGAGUGUAUCAACAAGGUUAUCAUCUACCUGCUUGCUGACGAGGGCUUCGAGUUUUACAUUGGAGAGAAGUAUAAAGUGAAAAAUGAAAAGAUCACCAUGGAAUGGAAGGGAGAUUCUAAAAGCAUCCAGCCACUUCUGUCUCGCCUGGAAACUGCUGAUCAAACUGGUCAUGAAAGUAAAGGCAAUGAGCAGUUUGAGACUUAUGAGGACAAUACUGAUGAAAGCUUUGGAGGUCACAUGUCACGAAGCAGGAAGAUGAAACAGAAGCUGAAGAUGAAAGAAAAUUUUGACUUUGAAUUUCCUGAGAGGGAUUUGUUUAUUUUUGCCAUCCUUUUCAACAGAAGGCACAUGGCUGACAUGUUUCUUCAGCAGGGUAUUGACCCCAUUGGCACCUCCCUGUUUGGGUGUUCUCUGUUGAGGGCCCUGUCUGAUAAAGCCACAGAGGAGGAGGAGACGAGCACUAGCCUAGCUUUGAUGUCACACUCCGAAACUUUAGAAUCCUUUGCCGUCAAUGUACUGGACGUGUGCUACCUGCGCAGCAAGAUGAACACCCACCUGUUGCUGUGCCGCACCUUGAAACACCUGGGCAACAUGGCCAUCCUGGUGCUGGUGGACAGGCAGAAGCUGAUGGACCUGGCCGAACACUCGGCCUGUCAGACCAAACUCAGCAGCAUCUGGAAGGGAAAUGUCGCCCUGCACACGUCAGAGCUGAGGAUCCUGAUGACCAUCAUCUUCCCCCCUCUGAUUUACUUCAUGAAGUUCCACACCACUGAGAAAUCCAGCAGUUCCCUGACCACUGAGGUAGAGGCGGGGUCACCAGAGAACCAGCCAUACCUGGACACCAACAAGGUCAACCCCGCCACAGAUUCCGCUGUUUUCUCCCCCUCCAAGAAGAAGCCCAAGGACACGACCUUGCGCUCCAAGUUCCAGGAGGUGCGCAUGUUCUGUGGGGAUGGGAACUCCAUCAGUUUGUUGGAGGCUGCUUACAAGUUCUACAGGACUCCAGUCACUAAAUUUCUUAACAAUAUUAUUGCCAGUUUGAUCUUCCUGGCCUUGUUCAGCUACUUCCUGCUGACAGACAUCAACCCAAUGGAGAAUGGACAGCGUCCAUCAGUUGUUGAGUGUAUUGUUUGGGUCUGGUUCCUCACCAUGAUCUUUGAAGAAAUCAGACAAAUUUGUGUGAGUGACCAGCGGUCAGUGAAGUACAAGUUCCAGAGCUGGUGGAGCAGCUUCUGGAACCAGUUUGAUUUUGUCAUGUGCCUCGGCAUGAUCCUGUCAGUCAUCCUGCGCUUCGAGCUGAUGACGGACUCCCACUUUGUGUACGUGAGGAUUGUGUACUCCAUCACCCUGAUCAUGUGUUAUCUGCGCUUCAUGCAGUAUUUCUUUGCUGAGAAGAAUAUGGGGCCAAAGGUCAUCAUGAUCAGAAAAAUGCUGACAGACCUGAUGUUCUUCUUCUUGAUCCUCUCUGUGUUCCUGGUGAGCUUUGGCGUGGCCUACCACAUCAACAUGUUCCCCAACUCCCCAGACAGCUGGUCCAUCCUCUACAGGGUCUUCUACUACCCUUACUUCCAGCUGCAGGGCAACAUCUUCCUGGAGGAUAUGCAGGGUGAGGAUGUCAAUGACUGCACCAGAAACCAGACCUUGUGGCUAUCUGACCCUGCCAGCAGGUGUCCAGAAAAAAAUGCCAUCAACCUCAUCUUCUGUGCCCUGUACCUGGUGCUGACCAACAUUCUCCUGGUCAAUCUGCUCAUUGCCAUGUUCAGCUGCACCUUUCAAAAUGUCCAAAAUGUCUCCACCAAAGUCUGGCAUUUCUACCGUAUAUCCCUGAUCUACGAAUACCUUGACCGCCCAUCUCUGGUUCCUCCCAUUAUAUUCCUAAACCACUUGUGGAGAGCUCUUCGUCAUCUGUUGAUUAAAAAAGGCUACAUGUCAGCAGAACAUAAUGCAUUUAGGGUACCAUUGAGUGAUGAAGUGAACCUACGUCUGAGCUUGUUUGAAAAGGAAGCAAUGGAGGUUUAUCUGGCCAACUCGUCCAUACGAGAGCGGGAGCAGCUGGACAGUAGAGUAGCCUCGACUGCAGAGAGACUAGAAAUAGUGAUGGAUGACUUGAAGAGAAUUAAAGAAGCUGUCCAGCAACAAGAGAAAGGGCUGAACUCUGCAGAACAAAUGGUCACCCCAGCAAAGAGUAUACCACUGGGAGCCUCUACCUCAUCCAUUGUGUCACAAUCUGAUGUCACCCCUAGGAUCACUGCACACAGUAGCAGUAUUAGCCCAGGGGAUGAGAUAGUGCUGCAAGCACAGAUGAAAGAUCUUCAGCAGCAGACAUCCCAGAAUUCCCUGCGACUGAUGGAGCUGACAGCCAUGCUGGAGAAGCUGCUCAAACAAAAAGACUGAACCAUACAAAACAAAUGGGUGGGUCUGUCAUGUGACCAUGUUAAAAAUAACUUUAGGUAUGUCAUGUGACAAAAUGUUAAAU